CUUGUCGUCUCCUCACGUUAACCGCCGCCCCGCCUCGGCUCCUCCACGUCCUCCCUUUCGACCCCGCCGCGUCAGCCAGCCGCACUAUUUUCCCAGUCGGGGGAGGGCGGCGGAGGGACACGUUUGGGCCGACGUGACCCCCCCCCACCGGUUGGCCGGCCGCCGCCGGAAGUCCCGCCCUCCCGCCAAUCAGCGCGCGAGGCCGUUGGAGCGGCCGGCGGCGCGCGGCGGUGGGGCCUGAGGCCCCAAUGGCCGCCCGGGACUCGGAUUGGAUCACUGUUGCCAAUACCCUUCUUCUGAAGUGUCACAGUCACCGAAGGAUACAGAAACUUUCAGAAUGUGAUGCUAAUAUAUUUAUUUCUCUUUAUCAUUCAAUACUGGGAGAGCCGGUACCAGACCUCAUAACUCUUCCCACAUGUCAAGAGGAUGAUGCCCACAACGUACAGGCGGUAAUAGAUUCCUUGGCCCUGGAUUACUUGCAGGUCAGCUUGUCGCACAUAAUAGGAGAAAAUAUUGUAAAAGGCGAUCAAGAAUCUAUAAAGAACCUGUUAGAAAUAUUUGACGGGUUGCUGGAAUACCUCACCGAACACAUCAGUGAAGCCUCUUCUCAAAAUGGAGAUAAGCCUGGCAGGCAGAGUCGAGAAGUGAUUGACAGUGUUCUGUUGGAGGAUAAGCCCAAUGAGCCCACGUUGGCACAGAGGCAGCCUUCAUGUGCAGGGUCUUCACAGUCUUCUGACAUUUUUGUCCCAUCUUGGGACAUUGAAGGAUCGGAAUCCACUGGCGAAUUGAUUAAACUUGGGGACACAGCUCAUACAUUUUCUUUAAGAAGAGAGGGGGGCCAUCAGACAGCGGGUAUGAAGGGAGAAAAAGCUGUGAAUUUGCAAAGGCCCAGUGCGCAGGAACCUGCUCUGAAACCUUCUUCGCCUAGUCUCACCUGCAGUGAUAGAAGAAUGUACGUGAAAGAGACUGCUCCCUCCGGGACUCUCAUGGCCAGUGCUAAAGGACUAGGGGAGCCCAUCCGCCCUGCGAUCCCUUUGCAGCCCCCUUACCACCCCCCGGCCUCUCGCCUCCCCUACCCAGUAGGGAGAGAUCACUGGAGCUCAGAUGAGCAGGUGGCAGAGUUGCCCGCUGGGGAAGAGGGAACAAAGUCUUCUGUAUUUUCAGAGCCAGCUGGGCAUUGGACUGAAAGAAUUCCUGCCCCCAGGCUUCGUUCCAGCUUUGCCUCUGCCAGAGAUAUCCCGGAGUCUGAAGAAGCAAGUGUGCUGGUGGUGGAGGAUGACCAGAGGGACAGCCUCGAGGUUCUUGAUAGAGCUGGCAGGUUUCCUACAACCUCCUGCAUAUCUGAAGAAGCCCCAGCUGCUCCCAGGCAGGUCGUGUCUCCAUCACAGAUUCCAGAUAGUAGGGCAAGAAGGAUGCCCCUAGAAGAGAGCCAUUCUGAAAGCCGUGCUACAGUUUCCCUCACUGACGGGUCAGCUUCCUGCCGAAGAGCAAGGAAUCAUUUAUCCAAACAAGAGUUGGGUGCCAUGUCAGAGAAACUCUCUUGUCAACUUAAUAAGAUUAAUCUGAUGCUAAAAAGUGCCCUGGGUGAACAGAUCCAAGAAGAGGAGCCUCAAGACUAUGACAAACUCUCUCAACACAGUGACAGUGUCAUGGAAUACUGUCGGAAGAAAUCUCAGCCUGGGAUUCUCCUUGGCAGGCGGCAACCCAUCAGGCCCCGAUCCCUUUCCCCUUCCCCAUCCCCACCUCAAAAACCAGUUUGGGCUGAAGCUGAAGAUGCACUGAGAAAAGACAGACGGUUCCUCUCCCGUAAGGCCCACCAACACACACAGAAAGAAUCGGAGCAAUUUCGAAUCAAAGCCAAGGUGCUCACGGAAGCAUAUGAAGAGGAACUAAGAGGACAUAGAACACAAGAGUCAACUGAACCCUCAUUGCUAAAUGAAGAGGAGGAGGAAGAGGAGGACAAGGAAGAGGAGGACAAGGAGGAGGAAACGGAACAAGAAUACAAAGAAAACAUCUCUAAAGGACCGUCAAAAAGUUGUCUGCUAGAGAAAGUCUGUUCUAGGAAAACCGCACCUCGGCAUCCCAGACACAGUCUGUGGAUUCCAAGAGUUGGAUCGGGGAAGCCAAAGAAAGCAGCUUCAAUGAAAAUCAGGGAGAAUGACCUUCUGCCCCUCCUAAUGGAAGAGCUACCUUAUCUCCAGGUUUCUCGCCAAACCCUGGGCAGGCUGUGGAAAAAGCAGGUUGCGCAGAUAGAACAGCUCACGGCAGCCGUGUCCGGAGAAGACCGAUCAAAGAUAAAACUUCAGCGUGAGGUAGAAGACGCCUUAAAAAAGCACGAUCUCCUUGCUGAAAUUAUUAGCAAAGAACACGAGCACAACAAGAGAUUGCAAGAGUUUAAGGAGCGCAUAUACCGGCAGAGGUUGGCGCAGACAAAGAUGAAAGAGAAACGCCAGCAGAUCGCUCGAGCCAAAAAAUAUUAUGAAGAGUACCGCGUCCAGCUACGGGCAAAAAUGAUGCGGGCCAGGACUCGGGAAGAAAGGAUCUUUAAGAACGUCUUUGAAGAAGGUCUAGAAAUUCAGAAGCAAAGGCUGCGUGAACUAAGAGCCUAUUCUAGAGAAAAACGGGACGAGCAAAAGAGACAGCACCAGAACGAACUUGAAUCGAUGGAAAACUAUUACAAGGAUCAGUUUUCAAUGCUGGCCGAAGCUAUAUCACAGGAACGUCAAGAAAUCAAUCUGAGAGAGAAGGCCCAAACAAAGACAUUACAUAAGAUUAAGAGGGAGUUCAGAUCCAAGAUGGAAAAGGAAAUUCAACAAUUACAGACUCUGAUAACUGAAAAUGAUGAUGACACUUUCUUUCGGGAACUGGAAGCAGAGCGCCUAAAAGCUCGACUUCAAAUGGCUUCAUUUCAGUAUCGCACAAGCCAUUUCUGAUGAGCUGUCGGGGGCGUCUGGUGCCCAUGGAGUGAGAUUUUUCUGGAAAUAAAUAAUUAUGGUAGUUUGAGGAGGCCUUCCCAGGCAGUGUUAGAGAUGGCUGGAAACAUAGCAGUAAGAAUUACAUCUCAAUUUGAUUUUUAAAUAGCCUUAACCGAAUAGUGAUUGUAACUUCAUUGCAGCCCUUUAAGUGAAAUAAUGAAAAAUUUACAUAAAUGUUUCAUUAAAGUUUUAUUGCCUAA